GAUAAGUCCAGUUAGUCCUGAUAUCGAUAGCAGUCUUGUUUAUUAAUGAAUUAAUUAAAUAAAUUAAGUUAACUAAAAAGGCAAGGCGACGAGCAGGAAAAACAGCGAGCCGUAAGUGGAGUGACCCCAGAGUGGAAAGGAAGCAGAGAAGCAGCGACGUAGACGCAGGCGACGGCGGAGACGCAGACAACAGGGCGCAACGCAGCGAAACGCAACGCAACAAAGACGCGAGCGAAGGGAAAAGCAUGAGCUGAGGCUUGAGUCGCCAUCGCAAGCAACGGAAUCGCGUGGACAAUAAGAGCGGGCAGUUAGCGAGGCAGAGGCAGAGGACUAGGACGAGGUCGAGGUCGCCAGCGGAACUGACGCAGCCACCAGUCCCCACUCAACCAGGACGGCGUCGCAUCCGCAGGAGCAGCAGCAGCAGCAGCAGGAGCAGCAGGUUAACAGCGGAGCACCUCAGCGGAAGCAGAAGCAGAGGCAGCAGAACCAUGAGCACCGUGUUCGUCAACUCGCGCAAGAGCCCCAAUGUGCUGAAAAAACAGGGCACCGACCAGUGGGUCAAGCUGAACGUGGGCGGCACCUACUUCCUCACCACCAAGACGACGCUCUCCCGUGACCCAAAUUCCUUCCUCUCCCGCCUGAUUCAGGAGGACUGCGACUUGAUAUCGGAUCGGGACGAGACAGGCGCCUACCUAAUCGACAGAGACCCCAAGUACUUUGCACCCGUGCUCAACUAUCUGCGCCACGGCAAGCUGGUGCUCGAUGGCGUCUCCGAGGAGGGCGUGCUGGAGGAGGCUGAGUUCUACAACGUGACACAGCUGAUAGCUCUGCUGAAGGAGUGCAUCCUGCACAGGGAUCAGCGACCGCAUGCAGACAAGAAGCGCGUAUAUCGUGUGUUGCAGUGCCGCGAACAGGAACUGACCCAGAUGAUCUCAACACUGUCGGAUGGUUGGCGGUUCGAGCAGCUGAUCAGCAUGCAGUACACCAACUACGGGCCGUUUGAAAACAAUGAGUUCCUGUGCGUGGUCUCCAAGGAGUGCGGCACGACGGCCGGGCGAGAGCUGGAGCUCAACGACCGGGCCAAGGUCCUGCAGCAGAAGGGAUCGCGAAUUCUUGGAAUUUAAACGCGCUAUAUAUUCACAUACAAUCCUAGAAACUGAAACCAAACUCCCCGUCAUCAACAAAAAACAACAACAACAACUCAUUCCCGAUCAGAACCAACACAAUCAGCCACACCGACCCAACACACCAAUUGGAUGCAUUCUGCAGUCAAGGAAAGCCUCAACAGUCACCCACCAGCACCACCACCACUACCACCACACACACCAUACAGGAUACAUCAGAUCCACAGCCACAGCCACAGAUCACCCACCAAGAUCAGCCGGAUCGACUCACCCAAGCAGAGCCGGCAGGGAGACUACGCUUCAUUUGCAUUCGAGACAAAGUUAACAGGUACCACUGCGAUUCUCGCCCUCGUGGCCGUUUUGCGCUUGGCUCACUGCAGUACUGCAGCUGCAGUUCUGCGGGACAGUGCGGCACAGCAGCGGCUGUACGGCACUGUGCGGAGUGUGUGCGGGCGUGCAUGUGUUCAACUUGUAGUAAACCAGAUAGACCCGACUAUACGAGAUAUGAGAUACGAAAAACUAGCCCCUGCUUUGUUGCGCUCUAUAGCCAAGGCUUCUCAGCUUCGAGCUUCAACUGCACGCGCGCAAACCAGCCAGCCAGUGGGUCAGCUAUCCAGCAGAGGAUCCAUGAUCCUUCCGACCUGCUGGGCUGCCCAGGCACUGCUGGGGCACUCAAUAAGCUAGUAUAUACACAUUUAGCGGGAGUUUGUAGGGUUAGUCUUAGUAGUUUUUAUCGUGCUUACAAUAACAACCCUGACGACGCAGCGGACACUUCGCUGGAGCAGUCGCGAUUCCCUUGGUUAAGCAUCUAGCUGACAGUAGCGCACACUAGGUUCGAGCUGCAUUUACGUGUCCGAUCCGAUACCAAAUACCCAAGCAGGAGUCGCACAGUUCAUCCGUGCAUCCGAAAUCCGAAUACCCCGGAGUUUCUAGAUCCACAGAGCUGCCCGUUGUACUGUUGUACUGUUGAACGAUAUAAGAUACGAGCGUGUGUGUGUUCCGUUUUGUGUAGGCCCGGUUUUACUACCUUGAGCUUUAUUUUAGAAAUACAAAAAAACAAGCAAAGCAAAGAUAUCAACUUUAGGAAAUCAAUUGAAUCACGACUGAAUUUAUGUGAACCUGCACUCAAAGGAAAUACAUACAUACAUGGAAAUUGAUAGUGAGGAGAGACACAUGUGAAAUGAAAAAUGUUUAACAAAAACCUAUCCGGCGACGUUUUGUACAGACAGGCAUGAUAUCUAUAAUAUGAUAAGUACAUGAAUGUAUAUAAUUUUAAAUAGUUACUUAUUUAUACACAAAAAAAGAAAACAAACAAAUUGAUAAUGAUCCAGAACGUCGCCACCUACUCGUACCCAUUUUGUAACCAUUUUGACUUAUUUUACGUGCACGGCAUGUGCAGUGCCGAUUAUAUAGAGUAUAACUUAUGCUUACGAGGAUUAUUUCGACGGAGAACCUUUACACUAGCGAGUAGUAGAACCGCAGCGCCCAAGAAUGCCGGACGCUGUGUCCGGCACUUAGCAAUACAGAGAAAAGGCAACUGCAAGUUAAUACAGACACGGCAACAGAUACCGAUAGAGGUACGGAUAACCCUAGCCCUAAAGAUAAUACGAUAACCUAACCCCUAACCCCUACUGUAACCCCGAUAAGGAUGUACUCACACCCACUUUACACACCCUGUACUCUGUACCCUGUACCCUGCAGACGCAGAGGACCAGUCCCGCCCAGAUCGCAGCUGCAGCUGGCGCUGGACCGGAUCCCCGCCAUCCCUCGUCCAGGCUGCCUGGACAAUCCCUCACACAACAUGAAUAUAUAUAUGAAUAAACUUGGAACCCUUUUCUAAAAAAAACAUCCCCAACGAGUUUCGUCCUGCGGCUGUGCUUUGGGCCUAAAGCCCUUUGGAGGAGCUUGAGAGCUGUAACUGGGUGGGAUGUUACAGCAAGGACAUUGUUCCAGAACAGCAGCAAGUUCCCAGGACAUGUAAAGCUCAAUUUAGAGUGUUCCUGAUACGUAUCGGUAGUACAUGAAAUCAAGGAUACGCAUCCAAAAGCACCGGGAAAAAGCUUCAAAGGACCAAAACCAGGGAAUUGUCUAGAAAUCUGCAAGGAAAAAGCCCAGCAAGGACACUUUAAAAGCCCAACUUGUACUUGUAAAUAAGCUGAUAUUUUAAUUAUAUAUAAUAAUACAUAUUAUGUAAUUAUA